CAGACACCCAGUCACGUGAUACCAUCAUGUGACUGGGUUCAAAGUUGAAAGUCAAAUAACACUGCAGCUCUUCAGCAUGGCGGUGCAAGUGGGAUACAGAACCCUGCUGCAAGCCUUCCGCGUGCAGGCAUCAGGCCGAGACGGUGUGUGCCGGCUGGCAGCGGCCUCCUCCUGCUCCAGACAAUAUGUUUUCUCCGGUAAAGGCUCGCCUUCUCUCCUGAACGGUCACGGAGCAGUGACACGACACUACAGCUCGGACUCCAAGGAGGACCUGCGCGUCAGACACCUGGACGGAGAAGACGCCGGUAUUGUUGUCGUUGGGAUUAAUCGACCAAAAGCAAAAAAUGCCAUAAGCAAAAAUCUGGUCAAAAUGAUGUUUGAGGUUGUGGAGGAUGUCAAGAAGAAUAACAAAGUGCGCAGUGUCAUAAUAUGCAGUUUGGUUCCUGGGAUCUUCUGUGCAGGUGCAGACCUGAAGGAGAGGGCCAAGAUGCAUCAGAGUGAAGUGGGACCGUUUGUGUCCAAAGCAAGAGCCCUCAUCACAGAGCUGGGUAACCUGCCAGUACCAACAAUUGCUGCUAUUGAUGGAGCUGCCUUAGGAGGAGGCUUGGAAAUGGCCCUUGCUUGUGACAUCCGAAUUACCUCCAAUACUGCCAAAUUGGGACUUGUUGAGGCCAAACUUGGGAUUAUUCCUGGAGCAGGUGGUACACAGCGUCUACCCCGCGUGAUUGGUGUCUCUCUUGCUAAGGAGCUCAUCUUUGCUGCCCGGGUGGUGGAUGGAGCCGAAGCGUGUCGCCUGGGUCUCUCCAGUCAUUCUGUGGAGCAGAAUGAGAGUGGAGAUGCUGCCUACCUGCGGGCUCUGGAGCUCGCCCGCGAGUUCAACCCUCAGGGUCCAAUUGCAAUAAGGAUGGCAAAACUGGCCAUCAACCAGGGGAUAGAGGUGGAUUUAUCUACAGGUCUAGCGAUUGAAGAAGCAUGCUAUGCCCAGGUGAUCCCGACUAAAGAUCGAUUGGAGGGUUUGUCUGCAUUCAAGGAGAAGAGGCGACCUCACUUCAAGGGCGAGUGAAGCUCCACUCCUUCCAGAAACUACACACAGAGUGAUGCCUUCAGCUCUCCUACUACUCCACUGCUUCCAACAUAUUUACGGGUGAAACUGUACAUGUCAGCACAUUAACUUGUACAGUCCCCAGAGGACGAGCGCAGGACACGGGGGUGGCUCCUGGCUCGUGUUUUUGCCAGUGAAUUGAAUGAAGUGUAAAGCACUUGCUGUGUGUGUCGACUACAACCAAGCAAACUAACCAAUCAUUAGCCACUGCUUACUAUAUUUAGAAACUUACUUUGCUAACUUAAAACAUGAAUGACUUAAAAUAUUAUUAGUUAUUUAUUUGAAGUAUGAUUGACAGGUGGUCACUAACCCUCUUGACUAAUGAACCAAUCAAAGAGCCAUUGAUAUUUCUGGUUUAUUGCUUCUUUUUUUUACUUAAAUAGAAACGUACCACUGUGUUCACAACACGGAGUAACACCAGAGGUGUCUGCAUGAAGUCAUAAAACACACUGGGGUUUCUCUCAUUUCAAUCAUUUCCAGAGAGUGGAAUUUUGGAUUUGAGAUUUAUUGUCACAAUGUGUAGGAUUUAACGAUUUCUGACUUUGCCUCCCUGUGGUAGUGACAAAAAAGACAUGUGACCCAUGAUGCAUAGGCUGAAAACAACGGAUAGACUAAAUCUAGUAUCAGCAGAAAUGUUUCUAAAGAUCAACACUAAUCAGAAUAAUGUUAACAUGCAAUGAUGGAAGAAAAACACUCUGUGACAAAAGCUUUGAGGACCACAAAGUAACUUUCCUGUGCCUCUAAGUGCUUCACAGUUCACUGACACAUUGGCCUAGUGUGUAGUACUAAUGCGAUGCUUAACUAAACAACACAGUACAAACAUCGCUGUCACUCAGUGAAACAUUUCAGAAAUAUGGGUUACCCUUAAAACUACCUCAUUUAAAUUAUAUCGACAUAAUCCAAAAACAUGUGAUUUUAAGCAUUAAGCUUUGUUCUUAACUUUGGAAAAAGUAGGGAGACAAAAAAACUCCACUGACAGGGUCACACAUCUAAUACCUUUAAUCAGUGGAUUGGGCGUGUUCAGUUGGUGCUGAAUUGAUAGUUUGCUCAUACUGAGAGAACUUCAUCUGCUGAUCCAGAUACACAAGCCCUGGAAAAAGUGUGUAAGUGGACCUUGAUUUUUUUUCCCCCCCAAACAUAUUUGAUAUUACAUCUUUUUUUCAAAGCCAACAAACACACUUAAACUGCUGUUAUGAAAGUGUUGAUGAAUAAGUCGCAGUGAAGAUGAUUUUAUGUUAUUUACCUGAGUGAGCCCGGGGCUCCAUCAGAGUGGGACAGCCCACAGGGCAUGACAAAAUAUGUUACGGUUGCAAAUAAAACUUCUGUCUCACUGAAA